AUGUCACAAAUACAGCAUACAAGAAACGUGGACAAACUGCCUCAUUCCAAGUCAUCAUCAUGUGUGGCUGCCCAGGUGCAGACUGCAUUUCAAGCAAAAUAUGAUUUUAUCUGUGCUGGUAGUCAGCAGUUCAAAAAGGUGAUUUCUGAGAAAUACAUUGAGGAGAAGCGAUAUAUGUCAUCCUCUCCAACACCCAGAAAGCAUGCCCGAGUUGAGUUGGAUAUUCGUAAUGAUGAAUAUGAAACGCAAGAAGGGAAUGAGGAUAGAGUGGGGCAUGUUAAAUUUACUGUUGGCGCGACAGAUGAAACUCUACAGAUCAAAUCCGAGCCACCGGAUGAGAUGGAGAUUGAACAGGUUGUACCCCUUUCUUUUCAGCAAGAUUUAUCCAGAAUGCGAAGCAACUCACUGCAUUGUACGACAUCCACUUCAGGUAAAAGCAAUAUAGAACCAGUUAAAUUCAAUUCCAGAUGUGCCUCUUACUUAGCUAAUCCAUGCCGUGGAAGGCCUAAACAUUCGGUCACUUCAGUUUGUCCAUCCACGUCUGCAGGCAAUGUAGAGGUUAGCGAUGCCUUGAAUGACCAGCCAGAUUCUUCGACAGGCACAUGUGAGCAGCUGACACGAGGAGGUCGUCGCCGCCACAGUAUAUCCUGUGUAAAAUCCCCAAGUGAUCUGACAUCGCCCCACCUUCGAGUCACAACAUCUACCACCUCUGGCGGGGAAAGUGUUCUGUGUCAGGUUUGCGGAGAUAUUGCAGCAGGCUUUUACUGUGAUGCCUACAUCUGUGAGGCUUGUAAGAAAUUCUUUAUCCGAGCAUCCAAGUUGGAGCGACCCAGGUAUGUGUGUUUGAGACAAAAGCAGUGUGCCAUUACCAAAGAAAGCCGCGUUCAUUGUCAGUACUGCCGCUACCAGAAAUGCCUGCAGCUGAACAUGCACUAUUCAAAAGAUGGACAGAAGAAUGCAAGCAAAGUUGGUGUCCAGGAGAUUCCAUGCAGAGUUUGCUCAGCGCCUUCCUCAGGGUUCCACUUCGGGGCACUCACCUGCGAAGGAUGUAAG